AUUUGCUUAAACAUCAGUUGAUUCGUUUAUAAUAUAAUCAAAGACCUUUGAAUUCACAAAACUUAACUCUCUCUCUUUCUCCUCCUCCUCUCUCUCUGUCUGUGUGUCUCGUGUUUGAAACAGUGUAUAUUUAUAUAGAUUCACGUGUGUUUUUCAACCUGGAUUUGUCGGUCAAUCUUUACUCCCAAUAAAAAAGGUGUGUCAUAGAGGAAGGAGGGGGGGGGGGUUGAGUUGUGUGUUUCCAUUAAAUAAGAUCGGAUAGGGUUUCUUUUUUAACUCUCUUUCCAGGAUACAUCUUUCUUCAUCAAAUCAAAGGAACCCCCCGCCCCAAAAGAAAAAAAAAGUCAAGAUCUUCAAAGACUUCUUCUUUGCAGUAGUUAUUGGUUUCCGCUGGGGUUUCUCUUUGCAAGAAAAAGGGUUAAUGGAGUUAGCCUUGAGCUUGGGUGAUCCUUCAAAGCCAUUUUCGUUUCUUGACAAAACUGCAAAGUUAUCAAGCAAGGAUCUAGGGUUUUGCAUGGGGCUUGGGAAUGGGUUCAAAUCACAAGAGAAUGGGGACGAUGCUUUUGAAGGUAAAAAUAGUACGGAUGGAGAUGAGAAAAGGGUUUCUUCAGAUCCACCUCUUCAGCUUGAUCUUCUUCCUUUCUCCCCAGUUCCUCGUCCCCAGUCUUCUUCUCAGCUUCGCCUUUCUUGGCUCACAGAUAACCAAACGGAUCCAUGGGAGGGACUCGGAAGAGGUUUAGACGUGAACCGUCUACCGUUGGUGGCGGUGGCGGAUGAAGCUGAGGAAAAGGCGGCUGUGUCGUCUCCUAACAGCGCUGUGUCGAUGGAUUUUGGGAUUAGAAAGGGAAGCAGAAGAGGCAAGAAAGAGGUGGAGGUGGAAGCAGUUGAAACAGAAAGAACUAGCACAAGAGCCAGUGAUGAUGAUGACAACGGUUCAACUCGGAAGAAACUCAGGCUUUCUAAGGAACAGUCUGCCUUUCUUGAAGAAAGUUUCAAAGAGCACAGCACACUCAAUCCUAAGCAAAAACUUGCACUGGCUAAGCAAUUAAAUCUUCGUCCUCGCCAAAUUGAAGUCUGGUUUCAGAAUAGAAGAGCAAGGACAAAAUUGAAGCAAACAGAGGUAGAUUGUGAGUAUUUAAAGCGAUGUUGCGAGACACUGGCAGAAGAAAAUAAAAGAUUACAGAAGGAACUGCAGGAGUUAAGAGCCUUGAAAACUUCUCAACCGUUUUACAUGCAGUUACCCGCUACCACCCUCACUAUGUGUCCUUCAUGUGAGCGUGUCGCCACCGCUUCCACCACCAACGCAUCAGCCUCCACCGCCGAUGCCAAAACUGGAGGAUACCCAUUUUUCUCCUCUAUUUCAAACACAUGAAAUCGUUGGUUGUGGCCAGUUUUUUUAUUCAAAUUUUGUAAAUAUUUUUGGGGUUUGGUGGAUUUUUUUUUGUUUGAAUAUUUUAAAUGUCUGAAGCCGUUAUCAAUGAUAGAUUUGAGUUUGGAUAGAUUUUGUUUAGACUCGGUUUUCGGGGAGAAGGUGGAAGAAAUUUUGGUUAGAAAGCUGGUCGUUUAUUUUGACAGGGAAAGAAAUUAAUUUGUAACUUAUUAUUAUAGUAACUGCCUUAUUGUUCUUUCUUUUUUCUUCGAAACUGCUUAUUGUGAUCUAGAAUUAUGGUUUGUGACUCUGUAUUGGCAUUGAAUAUAUAAUUUUAUAAGGAAGUAUUUUAAUUA